AUGCAGGAUAACGCUGAGGAGGUCAUAGUCAAGGCGCUUGACGAUUCCCUACGCGACAGAGGAGCGAAACCAGGUUCCCUGUAUAGCAGCAUAAUGCCCGUGAAGCAACAGAGGCAGCUGCCAACCAGCGACGCAAGUACAGAGGUUUUAGUUCCUUUCCUGGCAAACAGGAAAGGAAGCCAGCUUUUGGCCAACGCUCGAUUUGUGGUCUUACUAGCUGUUGCAACCAUCGUUGUGGCGUUUGUGGUUUUGCGGUGUGCUUCGAAGCUCGGCAUGAGAAGAUGGAAGAGAGGAGGCCUCAGGUCCCUUGCUGCUGGUGAGGAGCAGAGUACAUCAUCGGCUUGCUCUUAUGUCUCUGCUGACACCUGUCAGCAGUCCUGUGAUGCUGAAGGUGGGCUGGUAGAGGCGGAGCUGCUUCGACGGGCAUCCUCCGUCGUGUUGACAAUAAGCUAUGUGGUGGAAUCCAACGAGCCCGUAUUACUAAGACUUGGCGCCGCCCACCGUCACAGAGCCAUGUGCCUUCUUGCGAGCAUGGCGAUUGUGGAGUUCAGUGCCUUGAAAGCAGUGACUGAGGCACAUCUAGAAAACGUUAUUGAUUGCGAAACCUGGAAAGUCGCUUGGGCAACAACUCGUUUGUCGCUGAGCAUUCCACGUUCAGGAAUAAGAAGAGCACAGUUUAAGUACUACAUAUUCGUGUCGACUCUUAGGAAGCUUGCAACUUCAGGGGCGUACGCAUCACUUUUGAACCGAAAGCAGCGUUUGGAAAGGCUGCGUACCCUGGUCCUUUUACAAGAACGAGCACUGAAACACAUGCAGAAAGUACUUGAAAAUAUCGAUAAUUUGAAUAGGGUUGACAAAACAAAAUAUAAGAACGACUUGGAUGAGGCCCUGGAUCUUCUCACCGGUCUCGUCUACACCCGCAAAAAUCAGGUUUUUAGGGAUCCGUUUCUCCGUUGCUGGCUGCUGGAAAACGAAGACUUUUGGUUGCAGUCACCUAUUAUUCCAAAUGCCUACCUAAGGCAUAUCUUGCAUCAGAAGCAGAAGAGUUACAGUGAUAUGGUGAUGGAGUUGGAGUCUCCCGAGCAACUCCGCGCAGCACUGAACAGAGGGCACCAAUACAGCAAAAGUGUGGCUCAAAGUGACGACAAGGAAACGGAAGAGCCGUUUUCUUCUCAUUUGGCGGAUAGUCCACGCCAAAGCACGGGUUAUUUCGACACUUCUAGUCAUCCCGGUAAAGGUGGGUCGCUGUACCUUGCAGGAGACACCCCAAGGCUACGUACAGCUCAGGCUGAAAUGUUUGGCCCGAGCACCCCAUUCUCCACUCCCGACCACCGUGCAUUUAUGGAGAACGUAACCAAAGUAUCUGAAAAGUGGUCUUCCCACACUGCUUUCAAGGGUCCAGGCCAGCUUCCACAGCAAGCAGGUUAUCCUGUUUUCCCGGGAUUCCACCAGCCUGCUGAGUUUGAUGAUAAGUCAGCGACUAGCUCGUCUGUCUGGCCAUCUUCUGCAGUGGGUGGAGCGACACCGGCAGAGCCUCUGGUUGCCGGCUAUCCCGAUUUUGGACACCCAGCACCGCCAAUGCUUAUGCUUGACCCACCUUUGGGGCCUCUGCGUGCUCCUGCCAUGCAUGCGAGUGAACUGACUCAACCUAGUGUUCCCCCGAUGACUGUAAGGGCACCGGGCGCCCACAGAAGUACUCGAGAAUUCCAAGGGGUUGCCGUGGGCGAGCCAGAGGAAGGCAGCGAGCCUCAGCAGGACUUAUGA